GCGAGGUAGAGAGAGAGAGAGAGAGAGAGAGAGAGAGUCAUGGAACUGAGCUAGAAGACCAGAGCGACCUUCAACCUAAAGCUCCCUAGGGUACGAUCGUCUCUUUCGUAAUCACAUCGCAGUUGUAAGUUGUCUUCCUGCAAUUGCUGCUGCUUGUCUUUGAUUUUGCUGCUUACAAUCGGUAUUUUGAUCGGAGCAUGAUUGUCAUUAAGGCUCCAUUUCUCUUGAGGAAUUUGUGCUUGUUUUUCAUCUAGUAGCGUCGGAAUGAUGAAGUAUAAGAAAAACUGUUCGAAUUUUGAGUUUAUGAAUGAGGAGAACAUACGGGAGUUCGAUUGCAGAAGUGAUUCUGAACUUGUUAUCGUCGACUCGAAUAGGCUGAGAAAUUGAACUAGCUAUCGUCUUGUUGAGUUACUAAUUUCUCCGUAGUGAUUAUAAACCUACUGGAUUUCGUCUUCUUUUUUUCCUUUUUUAUUUCUCGAUCUCUAGCUUAUUUGCUGCAUGCUUUUCGGCAACCGGAGAAAGAUCUUUGUAGUGCCUCUGUUUUGGAUCUAUGGAAAUUGCAGCGAUUGAAGUAGGUUGAAGUUUGUAUAGAGUAAAUGGAAGCGAUAGCUGUAGUUUGUAACGAAUAUCUACUGUAUUUAACAUGUUAUUUUCUCGCCAUAAUUUAGUAUCUCUUAUUAUAUUAUCUUGAAGCCCCCGUAAUGUAUUGUAGAUGAGCUAUAUGAAUCUCUGAUAAGUUUUUGUCGGUAUUAAAUAAUCCUCCAUCUAGCAUGCUGGAGUUCUUUCAAUGAUUUAGGGAUGCUAGGAAUUCCAGGUUGCUCAGAACUGGGAAAUAUUGUAUCCUAAUCAAAGUUUAGGUGCUUCAAUCUUCCGAUGAGCUUAAUAAGUAAAACACUCGAUGUCUCCGAAGUCUUUCUUUAAAGCAGACUCGAUUAUGUUGAGAAUCCCCUGAUGCUGCGGUGUGGUAUAAGUAGGAGUGAAUUAUUUUGCUUUUGUGUUCUUUCUAAUUUUCGCCCUUUUACGGUGACAGGAUAAGUUUUGAACGAUGCCAUCAAAACCAGAAAAUGUAGACCAACAAAUAGUUGAUGGGUCGAAGUAUUUGGUACAAUCGACCAAAUACUCUGAGGCUUGGUGGCAUGGAGUUGGGAACAAUACCAUCGCAGGUGAAGAUGCUACCAAAACAGCUUCUGCAGAUUACCUGAACGAUACUGUUAGCAGUGGAGGAACGCAGUCACAAGCAAAUGGUAUAAGAUUCAUUGCUAUAAUUGUUAUUAAUUCUAUAUAUUUGACUAAGAAUACACAAUUUAAGCGAUAUAUUGAACCUGUUCUUGAUUUAGAUGAAAAUAUUGGGAAAGAAGUUCAGCAUCUCAAGUACAUUCCGUUUUCUACAUCCCCACCUGUGGGCGAACGCCUUGAUCUAAAUUCCCAGAUGGAACUUGUUGGCCACUCAAUUGUUUUGACAUCAUAUCCUUUUUCAGAUGCACAAUAUUGCCAAAUGCUGACUUCUAAUGGACCACAGUCAACGUUUCCUCAUAUUUAUGGACUUCACCAUGCUAGGAUGCCUUUACCCCUUGAAAUGGAAGAAGAACCCGUUUAUGUAAAUGCAAAGCAAUAUCAUGGUAUCCUGAGGAGAAGACAGUCGCGUGCCAAAGCUGAGCUUGAGAAGAAAGUGAUAAAAAGUAGAAAGCCAUAUCUUCAUGAAUCCAGACACCUCCAUGCUAUGAGACGAGCAAGAGGCAGUGGAGGACGUUUCCUCAAUACCAAAAAACCCAACAAUGUUAUUUCCAAUACAGAUAGGGAGGAAGGUAUCAAUUCUGGUACAAACCAUUCAACAAAACCUGUCAACGAGGCUGGAUCAAAAUACAUGGGGGCUGAUGAAAAUGGAAUCAAGGAUACGCUUAAUGAGGAGGACAAAGAGUUCAUGACUCAAAAUCUGCAGAUAACACGUGCUUUCUUCAACGGAAAAUUGAAUGGCCAUGGCAUAUCCACUUACACUUCACAACUUGCUGACGUCGAGGGAGGUCAUCUCGAUCAGCCACAUGAAAGCAUGCAGGUGAAUGGGGCUCCACAGAGGGCCAUCCCCAUCAAUUGAAGGUUUCUUGAUGGGCAAAUGGGGCUUCUUUUCCGACACUGUUUUAACCAUUUCAGUGCAGAAAACUUGAAGAUUCAGUGUAUGACUGUUGAUUCAUGUGAGGCUCUGUUGCUGGUUGGAAGUGGAUGGAUUAGCCCCCGUUCUGCUUGGAAGAAAACCGCUUUUGGUGGUGUUUCUCAGGCAAUUCAUUCUUGGCUUUAGUAGGUGUACUCUGAGGUGAGAUGGAAGAGGAUGAAGAAAUGAAGCACACAAAAAAAAUGUGGUACACCCGCUUCUAUUUCUCUCCUCUUCAAUUUACCUCUUCCAUUACGUAUGCAGUUCUAAUCCUGAACGUGUCUCAGAUAAACAAAAAAAUUUAGUGUGAAGACUCUUGUAACUUAAUUUAUGUGCAUCUGGGUGUUGUAUCUA